AUGGCUCAGGUCGACACCCUGGACAUUAUUGUCCUCGUUCUGCUACUUCUCGGUAGCGUCGCCUACUUCACCAAAGGCACUUAUUGGGGUGUCCCCAAGGACCCUUAUGCCACAUCUGCCCUCAAUGGCAGCGCUUCCAAGAAAGGUUCCCGUAACAUCCUGGAGAAGAUGGAGGAGUCGGGCAAAAACUGUGUCAUCUUCUACGGCUCCCAGACCGGUACCGCCGAAGAUUAUGCCUCCCGUCUAGCCAAAGAGGGCCAUGCUCGCUUCGGACUGGCCACAAUGACUGCUGACCUGGAAGACUACGACUAUGAAAACCUCGACAAAUUCCCCGAGGACAAAGUGGCCUUCUUCGUCAUGGCUACCUACGGCGAGGGUGAACCCACCGAUAACGCGGUCGAAUUCUGGGAGUUCAUGAACCAAGACCCUCCUUCCUUCUCCGAAGCCUCCGAAGAUAAGCCCUUGGGCAACCUGAAAUAUGUUGCGUUUGGUCUGGGUAACAACACCUAUGAGCACUACAACUCCAUGGUCCGAAACUUGGACAAGAUUUUGACCAAACUGGGUGCUGAGAGGAUCGGGGCCGCGGGUGAAGGAGAUGACGGUGCUGGUACCAUGGAAGAAGACUUCUUGGCCUGGAAAGAACCCAUGUGGGCUGCUCUGGCCGAGAAAAUGGGAUUGGAAGAACGCGAAGCUGUUUACGAACCAGUAUUCAGCGUCGAAGAACGCGAUGAUCUGUCCCCAGAAAGUGACACUGUUUAUCUAGGAGAACCGAACAAGAACCACCUCGAAGGCGCGCAGAAGGGCCCCUACAAUGCCCACAACCCGUUCAUCGCACCAAUUGCCGAGUCCAAGGAAUUGUUUACUGUCAAAGAUCGAAACUGCCUGCAUUGCGAGAUCGACGUAUCGGGCUCCGGCAUCUCUUACACCACUGGGGACCAUAUCGCAAUUUGGCCCACGAACGCAGGCAUGGAAGUGGAUCGAUUGAUCAAGACCUUUGGCCUGGAAGAGAAAAGACACAAGGUUAUCAGCAUGAAGGGUAUGGACGCAACCGCCAAGGUGCCCUUCCCAACCCCAACAACUUACGACGCCGCUGUUCGCUAUCAUAUGGAAAUCUGCGCCCCUGUCUCGCGUCAGUUCUUAGCCACGCUCGCCGCUUUUGCCCCCAACGAGGAUGCAAAGAAGGAAAUGACCAAAUUGGGUUCCGAUGCCGACUACUUCAAGGAAAAGGUUGCCUCGCAGAUGCUGAACAUUGCCCAGGCGGUUUCGGCCGUCCAUCCUGGACCGUGGUCCGCUGUCCCGUUCUCUUGCCUUGUGGAGGGUCUCAACAAGUUGCAGCCUCGGUAUUACUCAAUCUCAUCGUCUUCACUUGUUCAACCCCAGAAGAUCGCCAUCACUGCAGUGGUCGAAUCAAUCCGCGUCCCCGGUGCCGGUCACAUUGUUAAAGGCGUCACUACCAAUUACCUUUUGGCCUUGAAGCAGAAGCAAAACGGAGAUCCGGACCCAUCACCUCACGGUCUCACGUACGCCAUCACUGGUCCCCGCAACAAGUACGACGGUAUUCAUGUCCCCGUUCAUGUCCGACACUCCAACUUCAAAUUGCCGUCAAAUCCCAGCAAGCCCAUCAUUAUGGUCGGUCCUGGAACUGGUGUUGCGCCAUUCCGAGGUUUCGUGCAGGAGCGUGCAGAACAAGCCAAGAGAGGCGAGGAGGUCGGGCACACGGUACUCUUCUACGGCUGCCGUCGAUCGACAGAAGACUGGCUCUACAAGCAGGAGUGGGAGGAAUACAAGAAGAUCUUGGGCGAUAAAUUGACCAUCUUCAAUGCCUUUUCCCGCGAGACCUCCAAGAAGGUCUACGUGCAACACCUGCUCAAAGAAAAUGGCAAGUUGGUUAAUGAACUCUUGCAACAGAAGGCCAAUUUCUACGUUUGUGGUGAUGCUGCUCAUAUGGCUCGCGAAGUCAAUGAAGUCCUCGCUCAGAUCAUCGCUGCCGAGCGGGGCGUGGACGAGAAGAAAGCCGAACAAGUGGUCAAGAGCAUGCGCAGCAGCGGCGUGUACCAGGAAGACGUCUGGUCAUAA